AUGCCCCAUCAUCGACCAAGAGCAUCAGACUUCGACCCACCAAUCACCAAACGAAGCUCAUCACCACCACCAACAACAUCAUCAUCCCAUCAUCAUCAUCAUCAUCAUCAACGCAGACCAUCGCCCAACUAUGAAAGAGGAAACCAGCAGAGACUCACUCCCGAAGAAUCUCUAGACGACCGGCAUCAUCACCAUAACCGUAAUCACAACUAUCAACAAGACGAACAUCCCAAUAAUAAUAACAAUAACAGUUACUCGAAUGGAUACCGUCAAGGUGGAAGGGAUGAUUUCUUUGAAAAGCGAAGAUUAGAUCGACAGAACGCGCCAGUCAUCGGGCUUUGGCCCAAGUCACCCACUCAAGCUUAUGGAGAAGAGAAGAAGAAAAAGAAGAGCAAGAAAGAAGACCGCCAUCGAUCGUCGAAAGAUAAGAAGAAGAAGAAGUCAUCAAAAUCCAAGCAUUAUCGAUCGGAUGAUGAGUCUGAUGAGAGCGAUCGAUCUGAUGAUCACCUUCAUCAUUCACGCAAGAAGCAUAAAUCGCACAAGAAAAAGAAGUAUGAUUCGGAGAGCGAAAGUAGUGAUGAGGAGGCUCGUAGAUCGAAGAAACGGAAGGGCAAGUCGAGGUCAGUCGAACUAGAAGAAAGGAGAGACGAGGAAGAGGACGUAUGGAUGGAGAAAGAAGUGGCACCACCACCGACAAGCAUUGUCAAAGCCGAAGCUCCAAGGAAGGAGAGUCUUACUGGCCCGUCUCGUCCCGUGGCCAUCGUCGAACAGGCUCAAGCUCUCAGAGAAGAAUCGCUGGACGACGAUGAGACGGAUAUGGGCGAGGUAGGGCCGAUGCCUUAUAACCAUGCGACGGGCAAGGCGAUGGACCCGAAGGAGUUUGGACGGGCGUUGAGGCCCGGUGAGGGGAGUGCGAUGGCCGCGUUCAUCGAGGCGGGUGAACGGAUCCCUCGGCGUGGAGAGAUCGGGUUGACCGGAACGGAGAUCGAGAAGUUCGAAAACGUCGGCUAUGUGAUGUCGGGCUCCCGUCAUCGAAGAAUGAAUGCGGUCCGAAUCAGGAAAGAGAACCAGGUGAUCAGCGCCGAAGAGAAGCGCGGGAUCUUGAAGAUGCAAGCCGAGGAGAAGGCCAAACGCGAAGGCCAAAUCAUCUCCAGCUUUCGAGAAUUGGUUGAUACUAAAUUACAAGAAACUGGUUGA